AUGAAACGUGUUCUUGUAUUUAUAAUUUGUGCUGGGUUUGUGAUAGAAAAAGAUAUACCAAACAUUGAAAGUGUAAUAACGUUGUCGGACGGAUUGCUUGUUCAGUGGAGUUGGAAAGGCAACGCUGAUUCUAUAGAUGGUUUUAAAAUAAAAGUAUGGAUUGUUGAAAGCCAAGAACAAGGAUACUUUAACUUAGUGAAUGGAGACCAAAUACCUGGAUUAACUUUAAAUCACAACGCUUUAGAGAAAUUUGACCAAGAAAAACUACCAAAAAGCAAACCAAGGAUAAUUGUUAUAUCUGAUUCCGAAGCAAGAGAAGUGAAAAUAGAUGACAUUAAGUAUAACAAAUUACAUGAAAUACGAAUAUUGACAUACGACGGCCGUGAAGAUGGACCUCUGUCUGGUCCAACAAGGAUAAGACUUAUAAAACCAGAUGAAGCGAUCAAUGUUAUAGCAGCCCAGAGACAAAACAAUGAUUGUGUUGCCACUGUAGCAACUAAUCUUACAAUAUAUGGAGAAACUUAUUUUCAUCUUAGAAAUAUUUAUUUAUAA